AUGGCGCCUCUGCGCAAGCCACGCGACGUCCACACGAUCUCCCCAAGGAUCGUUGGGCGCAAGCCUCGCGCCAGGCGACAUGGCGUUCUCGUGGAGCUCUCGUGGCAGAAACGGCGCGUGUUGGUCGCUGCCGGGUCGGUGCGCAACACGCCUGACGACGGCGAGGGCGACGACGACGAUAAGGAGAUGAUGAUGCAGCUGGUGAGUGAUGAGGUGAUGCCCAGAGACAGAACACGGACGCGCCCGAACACACCCGCACCGCGCUAUGCUCUCUCGGGCGAGGGUGUCAGUCACGCCAGUGGAGGUAUGUGCUGUGCCGUCUGUGCCUGCGGUGUGCUGGAGCGGUGCAUUACUGCUCCUCUCACUGACCAGGGCCCAUUUCUAUUGAAUUCUUACAGUGAUUUGAUGGGUGGUGCUCAGGUCCCGCCCGCCGCCUCCUUCCCGCCCGAGAGGUCCCUCGACAUUCCUAGUGGUUCGGGGCGCGAGACAAAGACCAGACCAGGGCGACACGAUCUCUUCGACGACGACGACGACUACCGCAUCGGGAGAAAAGCCACAUUCUUGUCUCCCGUAUUCGGUGCAUCUCGGCGCAUUCGACGAGAUUGGCAACAGCAGCAGCAGCGGCAGCAGCGGUGGCGCCUCUAUUUUUUUUUAAUUUUGGCUUUUCGCCUCGCAUGA